CAGAGCUUCCUCACUGUGGCAUGGCCUAGAGCUGGAGAUAGCCCACACACACAGAGGCCAAGUUAACAGGACACUGACUACAGCACAAGUAUACCUCAGACUGAGUCCUCUCUUGGCCCAGGUUUGGCCAGUCCUCCCUCUCUCUGAGUAGAGGCAGUGGUGGUGGAGCACAGCUGAUGUUGAGGAGAGAGGCAGUGGAGGUGGAACACAGCUGAUGUUGAGGAGAGAGGCAGCAUGUGUGAAGGCUGUUCUCUAACGGACUAUCUUCAGCUUUACGGAGAGGCCAGGUCAAGCACCCCUGAGCCUUGGAUCUUUCCUCAUCUUAACCAGCAGUAUAACAGCCCGAUGGGACUAACUGCUCCUACUCCUCUACGCCUCUGAGAUCCUCUGUGUUCUCCUCCACUUUUUUCACAGCCUGUGGCAGUAUUUGCUUUCCACAGAGAUGGACAGCUGCUCAGUCUAGACUUAGAAUCAUUGUUGGAUCUGUGGAUUGACUGUGAAGCCACAAACUCAACUGACCUUAUCAAGAUUAAGGUCCUUGUAUUGGAGACAGGCCCGGAACUGACACCAUAGAGACCUAGAGAUGUGAUGACCAGAGAAGUCGUCAAAACAGAAGAACUCGUAAUAUUGUUGGUGGAUGGUGUCAACCAAACAGAGGUCAAAAUGGAACCAAUUAGAAAAGACAUGGAGCUGCUAAGUAACAGCAUGGCGAGCUAUGCUCACAUCAAAGCCAACCCAGAGAGCUUGGCUUUGUACUUCAUGAUGGGUGUGUGUUUUGGCCUGCUCCUGGCCCUGUGCCUCCUGGUCACUGGCAUCGCCUGUAGCACACGUCGUGGUCGCACCAAGAACAAGAACACUCCCCACUCCCUAGAGAGGAUACAACUGAAGUCUAGUGAAGAAGAUGAGGAACAGGAGAAAGUGGAUGUGGAAGAAGGGGAGGAGGUUGAGAUCCCUAAAUUAACUACGGUGCCUAUGAGCAACCUCAGCAGCCAAUCAAAUGGUACUUUGAGGAGCGUGAACGUGUUUGCGUCGGCAGAUGAGCUGGAGAGGGCGAGGCAACUGGAGGAGAGGGAGCGCAUCAUCAGAGAAAUCUGGAGAAACGGGCAGCCUGAUAUAAUGGCCACUGGGACAGGGACCAUCGGACGGGUACACUACCUCUAAAGGACCUAAAGUGACUCAAUGACCUACUAACAUUUUAUUAACCCUGAACUUUAUCUACUUCAGACAGAGACUGUAGUGGACUUUACUGGGCAGGCACAGAUUCACCUUCAUCUUUUCAUUCAAUGUGUAUUUUCAAAGUUUUUCAUUAAUGUAUGACUAUGGCAAAUGUGUUGCACAAUACAAUGUACGCUUUUAUGUUUAUACUUCAAUGAGUAUCCAUAUACAUUUUUUAUUUUGGUAAUAAAAAGUAGAAUUUCAUGACCACUGGACAUUCACACAUUGAUUUACAAUGCAGACAGCUAGGAGAAACCACCAAUAUCACUGUCUUAUGUUAACAUUUGCUUAUUGACUUACAUGGUUGUUAGGCUGCUCCACAAGGGUUGGAGCCCCAAGCUCCAACCCUCCAUGUUAAUCUUAGCCGGCUACAAGUCUUCCAACAGAAUCCCCCAUCCUUUAACCCCUCGUUAGCCACCAUCUCUGACCAGUAACUUCCUGUUUUCCUUUCCACAGUCCCAGCAGUCUCUGUUACAGCAGCAGCAACACUGUGGAUCCAUAAAUGGCACCCUUACAUGGUGCACUACUUUUGACCAAACUCCUAAAUGAUUCCAUUUGGGAUGCACACUCGAUUUCCCUUUCCACACUCCCUGCAGCCUCUCUCUCUCUCUCUCUCUCCUGAAGAGGUUUUUCAGGACUUAUGAAAAGGUCAUUUGUCCCCAGGCAAAAUACCUGUUUUUGUUGCCCCAAAUGGCACCCUAUUUCCUACCAAGUGCACCACUUUUGACCAUGGCCUCUGGUCAAAAGUAAUGCACUAUAUAGCGAGUAGGGUGUCAUUUUGGACAUACCUGUGCUGUACAUCUUACCAAGGCACUACUUCCCUUGUGCAAAAAUCCAGUGCAUCCCAGCUAUGUCCCAGGGGAUCCUCUGUUUUUGGCUUCCCUGGGUGAGUUUUUCCCUCCAAACCCAAACUGUUCUAUGCUGAAUGAAAAGGUUGCUUGUUAUUACUGGAGUGUUCAUGUCCAGUGCAAGUAAGUGUCCUGUUAAUUUUACUACUUCAAUUGGGGAUUGUUACAACAGCCAUAUAACAUUUAAAAAACUGGUGUAUGUCUCAAAUUGCACCCUAUUCCCUGUAUAGUGCACUACUUUUGACCAGGACCUUGGGCUCGGGUUAAGUGGUGCACUAUGGGAUAGGGUGCCAUUUGGGCUGGCAUUUAUUCCUUGAAUUUUGCUUGAGUGAGUGACCCGUGUUUGCUUUUGAGGUUAUGUAACUUCAGUCUGCACUAGUGAUGGAUGGGUUAUUAGCAAUUGCAGGUGAACAAACAGCUAACCCGCGCACAACUAGUCUGCAGUCACAUAUCGAGUAUGUGCUCAUUACCAAAUUCCACAGCUAAAUUCCUGCAGUCCUUAUCAAAUUGUCCUAAGCAGGCACUCAUGUCUAAAAUUAGUUAAGACAUGUUGCAAUAUAUCUUGUCAAGUCCAAAGAAUUGCAAUAUAACAAAUACCGUGGAUGUGUAGAACUUUUAGAGCUAAUUACUUUCCAUUAGGCAUUUGAUAAGAAUGUUGAAAACUCUGAACUUUAAAUGAGGAGUGCAGAAGGAAAAGGCAAGUAGUACAUGACAAAACAAUUCAAGUGAACCAGAGAAAAUAUUUAUAGAAAAUUAAUGACAAGUACUUAAAAUCUGAGGGAACAGUAGAAAAGAUGUCAGCUUCUGUUUCGAGUAAGAGCGUAAAAACAAAGAAUAGAGUCCUACAGUUACAGUAUGCUCAACACAUACAGUAUGGACACAAUGUAGUCUAGGGGUAGACUGCACAAAGCAGCAGUCUUGCACUGUUGCUGACUAAACCUGCUCCUCGACAUCUACUCACCUGUAUUCGUGCUCCACCAACAAGUAUAGUUUGACAGUAUUUAUUUGCCACAUACAGGGAAAAGUUAUACUUAUGUCAUCUUGUGCAAUAACCUCAAUAGUAUAGGUUUACCUUUUGAUGUAGAACAUUACGGAAGAACGAAAAUGAUGAAGCCCACAAACUGCUAUUCUAGACUGAAC